AUGAAUACAACCUCCGAGCUCAUUCCGAACGACACAAAUGUGAGCACGAAUGAUCUUGCUCUGCUCGAUUUAUAUUUAAAUGAAAAACAAAAACUUGGCUCGGAUGAUGAAAAAACGAUUUAUAGUGCUUUGAAUAAGUCCAGCAAAAUUUAUUUGGAAAAGAAAUAUCCUUCCAGAGGUAUCAAGAAAGAAAUAAAGGAUUUAAUUGGAGAUCAAAAAAUUGAAACUGUAUAUCAGGAACUCAUAAAGAAGAGAUUAAAUUUUCUGGAAUUAGUGGAACGAAAGUUGAGCAAUUGCAUAAAUUUUAUUGAAAAGCAUCAAGAUGAAGAUUUAAAUAUGAAAAUUAUAGAACAAUUUAUUAACAGCUUUGAAUUCAUCACUCCAGCAAAAGAAUUUCAAGAUCCAUCAUCACAAAAGAAAAGAAAGUCCAAUAUUACUGAAGAGGAAUUAGAACAUUCUGAAACAUCAACUUCUGAAAAAAUUGCAUCCUCUCAACAAAGCAAACAAAAACCAGCUACUGAGCAAGAAGAACCUGUUGCAGAAAAAUCAAAGAAGAAGAGAAAAUUCACAGGUAAAGUGCAGAAAGAUGAUACCUUAGAAAACACCUCGUCAGAUGCAACUCAACAGCUUUUGUGUUCUGUACUCAAAUCCAUUGAAGAGGAAGACAUCUCCGAAAGCUUUUUGGAACCUGUGGACAAGAAUAUUGCAAAUUAUUACGAAUCCAUUCUUUGUCCAAUCAGCAUUGCUGAUAUUAAGAAGAAAGUGAAAAACGGCGAGAUAACUUCUGUCGCUGAGUUAAAAAGGAAUUUAUUUCUAAUGUUUCAAAAUUGCAUCAUGUUCAGUGGUGCCGAUUUUGAUAUUCACCACGAAGCCAAACAACUGAGGAAUUUAGCCAGAACAUUAUGUUCUGAGGCAGAGAAGAAAGAAAAAUUGCUGAAACAAAAUUAA